AUGUCUAAAUCGCUUUACACAUAUUAUUCACCAAUUUUAAAGCCGCAGUUUAUGGGACCCGAUCUUUCAAAAUUCGAUUCCUUAAAAGGUUCUGAUAUAGAAGGUUACUUCAAACAUUAUAGGAACGAGAAAAUUUCACGAAUUAUCUUACCGUCAUACAGUUGGACUGUACCAAAAAAAUCCUACACUCCACUACCAAAUCCAACGAUGACUUUACAGACUCGAGUUCGUUCUCUUACAAUCCCACAAAAUAAUAUUUCUACCAUAGAUUUAGCACAUAUGAAAGAAGUGGACAAUUUAUAUACAGUAGUACAAGUUCAUCGUGAUCAAUACAAGGAUCGUUCAUCAAAUCUACAUCCAUUAGAAUUUUUCAAAACAGACAAAUACAAAUAUCAGUGUGCACCUGCAUUGAUAUCAUCGUAUUUUACCAAAUAUCCAACGUCCUAUACAAAAUACAAAACACCUGCAAUCCUUCCAUUGACUUAUGAAAGAAAAAAAGAGAUCCCUUGCAUACCCGAUUUGGUGCUUUCUGGAAUUUACGAUCGUUCAAACUGUAUCGCAUAUAAGCGUUGA